CACAGGGGUCAAGCUGGCGGUUGCCUAGCAGCAGCGGGCGUAGCGCAGUUCCUAGGCCUCAGGCGGCCCCGCGGCGCCAUGCCUGCGAGAGCAAAGGUCAUCCUGCGCUACGGACCCUACAGCGCGGUGGGCCUGGCCGCGGAGCACCGCACCUUCCGCCUGGAGGGCCUGCAAGCUGUGUUAGCCGAAGACGGACACAAGGUCAUCCUAGAGAAGACGGAAGAGAGGAACGUGGUCGAGCUCGAGGUGAAUGAAGAAAUCGUCUUCCAGUGCAACAUCACCGACCUGGAGUUCGGAGGUGAUGGGAAACUGGACCCACUGUGUGAAGAGGCCAGAAAGUCUGUGUUAAAUGCCUACUGAUCUCCCGUGGCACAGACACAGAUGACCGUCAGUGGUCCCUGCUGCAGGGACACUGGGCUGUCCCAGUCCGAAGGAGGCAACAGUGGCCAGCCACACAGCCCGGAUUCCCAUCUGGCCGCAUGGGAGCUCCCGAAAUAAUAAAACCACAUCGUCUGCCGCAUCUCUCAGCCUCAACCCACAGGGAGACUCUCCAAUAUCAGGUACACACUGGGCUGAAGGAAAUAAUAAGAUGGACCCAAUAACAGAGCACCGCGGCUUCCUAAUAAGACCUAGAUGCCAGAAGCAUUCGAAAUCCAAUUUGGCAGUACACAAAGACGGACACAGGAACUGGUGAAAUUGAAGAGCAGUCAGGGUGGGGGUGGAAAGCCAGGCCUUUAGAUGUCUGAAGAAAGAGUCAUUGUCAAUAUAGCACUUAGAGCCCCCGCGAUUCCUACAGAUCAUUUCUCGCUGACACUAGAAUCCGACUUAAAAUUGUUAAUGAGAAAUUUGGUGAAACCAAAGCUUCAGUUAUCCUUCUAUAAAACAAGAAAAAUGUCUGCCUUCUUUUGCACUGACCAGUCCAGCGGGAGGCUCUGCAGAGAGCAGAAAGCCCUGAGCAGAAGCGGGAAGUGGCCUGUCCCUCUGGAGGAGGACAAGGGAGCAUGCAGCCCUGUGUGAAGGGGCGUUUAGCUGUAACCAGGGAAAACCAGUCGUGUCAGAACGACGCUGUUUUUUCCUACUCCAUUCUUUGUCCCGAGCUGCGGUCGGUAUUCUGAACCUGAAGGUGAGAGAGGAAAGACACAGAUAGGGAUCUGAUGACGGUAGGUAAAGAUGAGGUCACCCUGGGAAGGCCUCAUCCUUUGAGAAGACAGAUGGAUUCCACCACCCCACACUGCAGGAGGCGGGAGCCCUGCUGAAAGGGCAGGGCUUGUGCAGCCACCUGGGAGCCACGCCCCUGGGGAUCCACCUGGGGUGCUGACUGGGGAGCCAUCUUGUCUACUGCCCGUGCAUCCCCAAACCUCCUGCACCCAGAACUCCAAAGUCCAGCAGGGACCCCAAGAAGCUGCUGUGCCUUUUCUCACCUGUGAUGAAAUAGAUGGAUUUAAAUCCCAGACAUGAGUCACUUGGAGCUCUUUAGAAACAGUUAAUUGGCUCCUUGUGGAGAGACUGAGGCUCCAAACGAUUCUCCCACACCCAUCGGCUGUUGGUCUUCACACGUCUCUAAUGGCCCAGGGUUUCCUCCCUUUUAGUCAAACACCAGCCUCAGUUACCUGUGGUCGUGUUUUCUCUCAUUUCAUUGUAAACAUGUUGGUACAGGAGAAACAUGGUUUCCCUAAGGAACAUGGGGAAAUACAGGCUAUGAUAAAAGGA